AUGACCCCCAUUCAGAAGCCGACAUCAGCCCAGCCGGCGCUGGAAUCUCCGGCAUCUCCUCCCGCGUCUUCUACUCCGUCUUCUGACUCUUCUACUCCUGCCUCUGCCUCUUCCACCCCAGCCACAGCAGCAAUGGCAAAGACAUUUCCUCCUGUGCAGCCUGGAGGCAGUUUAAUCCUCGCAUGGCAAAUCAAGCACAAGAAGGUGCUUGUUGUCGGCGGUGGUGAGGUCGCCGCUGGUCGGAUCCUCAACUGCCUCAACGCCGACGCCAAUGUCACUGUCGUGUGCCCCAAGUCUGGCCUGAACCCUGAAGUCGCCUUCCGAGUUAGCGAAGGUCAAGUCGCGCAUGUCGAUCGAGUAUUCGAGCCCGAAGAUCUGGAUGGAGCCAGUAUGGUCCUGGUCGCAAUCGAUGAUCCUGCCGCCUCGACCGUCAUCUGGAAGCUUUGCAAGGAGCGAAAGGUCCCUGCCAAUAUUGCCGACGUGCCUCCGGAAUGCGAUUUCUAUUUUGGUAGCAUCCAUCGCGAUGGUCCUCUACAGAUCAUGGUCAGCACCAACGGCAAGGGGCCAAGGUUGGCGGCUGCUAUUCGGCAGUUUAUUGCCAAGCAACUGCCGAAGAAUGCCGGUAACGCUAUCGAGACGAUUGGUGAGCUGCGGCUCAGAUUAAGGAAGAUGGCUCCCAAACCUGAAGAUGGACCCAAGCGCAUGCUCUGGUGGGUUAUUCACGCCACCUUGACGUGUAAUUAUGCUGACAAUCAAAUUACUAGGAUGUCGAAAGUUAGCGAUACCUAUAAAUGGGACGAAAUGUGCGGUCUUACAGAUGAAGACAUGGACAACCUCCUCCUUUUCUACCCCCCUAACAAAGUCCCCUCGAUGGAUGUUCUGCAAGCCCUCCGCGGAGGCAACGAUGUUAAGAAACUUGAUGUCUUUGAUGGCUCCUUCGGCUUCAGUGUUGGAGCAUAG